AUGGUGAUACGCAACACACACACACACAGCUGGCUCAACGCGCCGCCCAACGCCUGCUGCUUCUGCUGGUGUUGCUGCUGCAGCUGCUCCUGUUUAACCGUGCGCCCUACUCAAGAUGAGAGAAUCCAACGGCUUGUUUGUGAGCAAACUGAGUCCACCAACAACUAUGAGGACAGCCCUAAGCCGACGCUGGAGGACGCCCGGAUGUGGUCGCAGUCGUUUGAGCGCCUGAUGAAGAGCCCGGCGGGCCGGGGCUGCUUCCGGCAGUUCCUGCGGACGGAGUUCAGCGAGGAGAACCUGCUGUUCUGGCUGGCCUGUGAAGAGCUGAAGAAGGAGACCAAUCGCGGAGUGGUGGAGGAGAAGGUGCGGCAGAUCUACGAGGACUUUGUCUCCAUCCUGUCCCCACGAGAGGUGAGCCUGGACUCUCGGGUGCGAGACGUGAUCAACAAGAACAUGACGGAGCCCACGUCGCACACCUUUGACGACGCGCAGCAGCAGAUCUACACCCUGAUGCAGCGCGACUCCUACCCGCGCUACAUGAACUCGAGCAUCUACACGGACCUGCUGCAACCCUCGAGCAAGAGCAGCAGCAGCAGCAGCAGCAGCAACAGCAGCAGAAGGAGCAACAGCCGAAGCAGAAGGAGCAACAGCAGAAGCAGAAGCAGAAACAGCAAAAGCCUACAGAAACCUCCUGAAUAG